AUGCAAACAUUUGAUAUUAGUAAUAAACUAUUUGCUCCUGAUAAUUUUGAAUAUGUUGUGAUUAAUAAAACUAUGCAAAGUAUACAUGAACAAAUAAAUGUUGUACGUGGUAUCAAAAAUGCCGUAUUGCUGUUAAAAGAACUAGAAAAUUCGUUUAAAAAGUCAAAGCAAUAUGAAGAAAAGUUAUUGAAAUGUAGAAUGUUACAUAGGCAUUGUCAUUCUAAUGAUCUAAGGAACACUGAUGACUCUGAUACAAAGGAUACUAACAAGAGUUCUAAGCAUUCUAUUACAGAUACUAAAAUGUCACCAAGAAGCGCCUUUGAAAUAACGGAAUCAUGGUCUACUAUGAGCAUAGUAUGCCUACAAUAUCAGUAUGAAGAACUAUCAAAACGUUAUAAAAAUCUGUUAAAAGCCUACAAUGAUGCAUUCUGCUCUUUGAAUUCCUACGACAGUGAAUUGAAGAAAGUUCGCCGUCAGUUGCAGGAAGCUCACACUGAUAUAACUAAAACAAAUAAAACCAUUUUAAGCAUUGGAAACAAGUACUUAACACUUAAACAAAAGAAAUUGUUUCAGAAAAUCUGGUACCAAACGAAGAUCGAGGGCCUCAAGAAAGCAAUACGCCUCAUACUGCUAACUGCUGAGCGAGCAGAUUUGGACCUGAACGAAAAGUCGACGCCUCAGUUAUUUUCUAUUUACUGA